CUGCCGGUCAGCUGCGCCGUAUUAUCAGGCUUCCUGGUUUGCUCAUAAAAUACAUGUCAAUUCUCUGUUGCACGGACUUGAAUGCAAACAGGCUUUUCGGGGAUUAUCGCCGGUUUUAACAGAACAAGUUGACUUCACGGCGACCAUGAACACGGAAAAAGACUUCUCGCCUCUGACGCCCAACAUUGUCCGAGCGCUGAAUGAUAAACUGUACGAGAAGAGGAAAGUUGCCGCUUUGGAAAUCGAGAAAUUGGUGAGAGAUUUUGUCGCUCAAAAUAAUUCUACCCAGAUCAGACAUGUAAUCCAAAUCCUGGCAUCAGAGUUUGCCCUCUCCCAGCAUCCACACAGUCGUAAGGGUGGUCUCAUUGGGCUGGCUGCCUGUUCCAUUGCACUCGGUAAGGACUCGGGUCUUUAUCUUAAGGAGUUGAUUGAGCCAGUGCUCACGUGCUUUAAUGACUCAGACAGCCGUCUGCGAUACUAUGCCUGCGAGGCCCUUUAUAACAUAGUCAAAGUAGCAAGAGGAGCAGUGUUGCCUCACUUUAAUCUACUUUUUGAUGGUCUCAGCAAACUCGCAGCAGAUCCUGAUCCUAAUGUGAAAAGUGGAUCAGAACUCUUGGACAGACUGUUGAAGGACAUAGUGACAGAAAGUAACAAAUUCGACUUGGUGGCAUUUGUCCCUUUGCUGAGGGAAAGAAUUUAUUCCAAUAACCAGUAUGCCCGGCAGUUCAUCAUAUCAUGGAUCCAUGUUUUGGAGUCUGUUCCAGACAUAAACCUCCUGGACUACCUCCCUGAAAUUCUGGAUGGCCUAUUCCAAAUCCUGGGAGACAACAGCAAAGAGAUCCGCAGAACAUGUGAGGUGGUGCUGGGGGAGUUUCUGAAGGAGAUUAAAAGGACUCCCUCCAGUGUGAAGUUUGCUGAUAUGGCCAACAUUUUGGUUAUCCACUGCCAGGUUGCAGAUGAGACCAAACUAACAAAUGACCUGAUCCAACUGACGGCUAUGACUUGGAUGAGGGAGUUCAUUCAGCUCGCAGGACGAGUGGUGCUUCCAUACUCCUCUGGCAUCUUAACCGCAGUACUACCCUGCCUGUCAUAUGACGACAGAAAGAAAAGCACCAAAGAAGUUGCCAGUGCUUGUAAUCACAGUCUGAUGAAGCUGGUAACUGCUGAGGACGAUGAAGAUGAGGAGGAGGAGAAGAGUGCAAGUACAGGCUCACCACCUGGUCAGCCUAAGCUGGAGGGAGACAGUAAUGAUAUGCUAAAUGCGUCUCAAGAAUCUGUCGGACUCAGUAACAUCAGUUUCUUUACUCCGGCAAGUGCUGACAGGCCCCAUGUCACUUUGGACCUGGAUGGUAUUGUCCAGGUGCUGGACCGCCAUCUCCGAGACUCCUCCACUGGCAUGAUGACGCGAAUAGCUGUCCUGAAAUGGCUAUAUCACCUAUACAUCAAAACACCACGGAAGAUGUUCCGGCAUACUGACAGUUUGUUUCCUAUGCUGCUGAAGACACUGUCGGAUGAGUCUGACGAGGUGAUACUGAAGGAUCUUGAGGUGUUGGCUGAAAUAGCAUCGUCUCCUGCUGGCCAGACAGACCAAGCUGGAUCUUGUGAUGGCAUAGACAACAAACUGGAGCUCAAGGUCCCAGAAGGUGUCAAGCCAGGGAAGCAACAGAGCCCAGCGUCCAAAACAGUGGACUCUUCGCCCUCCACUCCAAGUAUGAACUCGUAUUUUUACAAAUUUAUGAUAAACCUAUUGAAACGCCUGAGUCUGGAGAGGAAACUUCUGGAGAACAGAGGAGCGUUUAUAAUCAGGCAACUGUGUUUGUUGCUUCAUGCUGAAAACAUCUUCCACUCCAUGGCAGACAUCUUGUUAAAGGAAGAGGACCUCAAAUUUGCUUCAACAAUGGUUCAAACACUCAACACUAUCCUGCUAACGUCAGCUGAGCUCUUCCAGUUACGCAACCAGCUGAAAGAUUUGCGCACUCCCGAGAGCUGUGCUCUCUUUUGUUGCCUUUAUCGUUCCUGGUGCCACAAUCCGGUGGCCACUGUUUCGCUCUGCUUCCUUACACAGAACUACAAGCACGCCUAUGAACUCAUCCAGAAGUUCGGGGAUUUAGAAGUAACAGUGGACUUCUUGAUGGAGGUAGACAAACUUGUACAGCUCAUCGAAAGUCCCAUUUUCACCUAUCUGCGCCUCCAGCUCCUGGAUGUGGAAAACAACCCUUAUCUGAUCAAAGCACUGUACGGCCUGCUGAUGCUGCUGCCUCAGAGCCAGGCAUUUCAGCUGCUGUCCCAUCGCCUGCGCUGUGUCCCAAAUCCAGAGCUCAUGAGGACUGUAGAUGAGUCCAAGUACAUGGACUCCAAGCAGAAGGUAACCUCCAAACGUGCUUCUCAACUGCAGAUAGAUUACAAUGAGCUGCUUCAGCAUUUCGACCGUGUCCAGAGUAAACAUCUUGAGGUCCGGCACCAGCGUUCUGGGCGUGCCUCCGAUCAUCCUGAUAGGAAGCUGAUGUGAAUCAUGGUGUCUUCAGAUUCUCGUUGGUGUAUGAAUGUCCAGUGGUACUGCUGUGAGAGUUCAUUAGUUUGCUCUUAAAGCCAAUAAGUAUUAAAUGAUAAUUAUGUAUAUGAUCUUAAGAGUGAAAACACUGGGUAUAAAAUACGUUAUAGUUUUUUUUUUGUGAUUUUUUUUUAUUUUAAAAAUAAUGUAAUUGUACUGUGACAGUAGAACAAUUGUUUGAAUUAAUUGACUUUGUUUUAGAUGCUUAAUGUUACAUAUUAAAUAUUGUAUAUAAAAUCAGUUAUAUUGUCUCAUGUGGUGGCAUCAAUAAUGACCCUAUCUUGUGUACUUGUGAUGACCAGUCAGCAGCUGAGGUUAUCUACAGUUAGAUAAAAAUGUCCAUAGUAUUACAAGUGAGAUCUGCAUGCAUUUCAGUGUUAAAUGGUACAAUUCUUCCUUUUAAUUCUCACAUGAACCACAGUAUUUCCACAGGGCAUCCCUUCAAGCAGUGUACACAGAGCAGGCAUUAUUCUCUAUGUUGUGUGACUAGAGUCUUGAAGCAGCACAAAGCAGAUUUUAAACAUUGUAAUCUGUAAAUGACUGAUCACUGGUAUAAAUCCUUCAUCGAUCCACAUGGUUAAAACCUCGUGCCUUUGCUUUGUUACUGUAACCAAUUGCAACAUAUCCCCCUUCCACCCCCAUUAUGAGCUCUUGUUUAUUGUUCAGUUAACGUGUGCUUUCUUUUAUUGGAACACUGCCUGUCUUGCAUUCCAAAAAGUCACAUUUGAGUCAUUCCUGUGUGAAAACUAAUAAAUGUUAAAAAAAUAUA